GCCGCAACAGCACCACCACCAGCACAACAUGUGGCUGCUGCAGCUCUUCUCCCUACUGAUCUUAUGGACGGCGCUGUCCGUGGCGCUGGGUCUGGAGAUUCGUGGCGAGAUCAUCCGGGGCGUUCCGUGCAUCAAGCGCUUCCACCAGCUCUUCUGUCCCACAGCCGGCAACAGCUACCCCAUAGAUCGCAUCGAGAAGUUCAUCGACGACAACAAGGCGCUGAUGCGGCGGAUGUACGGCGAGUUCCAGAUGACUACGGAAUAUGGCCCGCCAUACGAACAGCAGCAGCAACAACAACCAGGACGGAAGGGGCGGCGCAGCGUGAAGCGUGAGGCGGGUGCAGGGGCGGGGGCGGCGGGGGGCGGCACGCAGAGCGGCCAGCCCAGGCACACGCCCCCCGGUGUACCGGACCUGCACGCCGCCCCCGGACCAGACCCCACCGCCCCUGAGAACUCGGGUUCCGAGUCCUACUUCGCCAAGCUGCGCCAGUCCAGGCAGUCCUUCCGCGGCAACAACAACCAGUCCGAGACCGGCAGGGUUGAUGCUUGUGAGUCUAAGGUUGAAAUCGUCACACCAUACUGGGCAUCAAACAGCGCUGGCAAAGUUCGAGCCAUAGUCAACACACAACAUUUUGAACAGGCCAUUCAUCAGGAAGUAUGCUCGAAAACACAGACAAAGAGGUGCUCUGGAGACUGUGGAUGUGAACAGAAGUAUAAAUGGCACAGGUUACUUGCAUAUGAUCCAGAUAAUGACUGCAAAGGAAUAUUUAUGGAUUGGUUUCUCUUCCCUUCCUGCUGUGUUUGUCGCUGCAAUCCCCUGUUUGAUAAAAAGUGAUACUACGAGGCUGCUGCAAAUAUGUUCUUGACCACAUUG